AUGACACUAACCGCCGCGGAUAUAGACACGUUACACAGAAAACGGGGUGUUAUUCAACGUCGAAUAACUACGUUUGAAAAAAUAUUAGAUGAAGAAACAGCAGCAGAAACGGCAAAUAUAGAACUUAUCGAUACAGCGCUUCAAGGUGUCGUAAAGUCGUGGUCGAAAUUUGACAAUAUUCAAUUGCAACUUGAAACAAUAAGUCGGGCAAAGAAACUCAUCAAAAAGGGUACAGUCGUCGCGGUGAAUACUACAACAGAGAACAUACAGAACUUGAUACAGACAAUGUCAGUAAAGUUACCGCAGAUCCAGUUAAUUUCUUUCUCGGGUGCGUAUGAAGAGUGGUCAUCUUUCUUUAAUAACUUUACCUCACUAGUACAUAAUAAUCCUUCGAUCUCACCAUCUCAAAAAUUACAAUACCUAAGAUCAGCCUUACAAGGGCGAGCAGCAAGAGCCAUUCAGUCUCUAAAAACUACAAAUGCUAAUUACGAAUGCACUCGUAAAAUCGUUCGCCGUCAUUGGGCGGCCCUGAGAGAAUUACCGCGAUUACAUAAAGAUACUCUCGAAGCAUUAGGAGAACUAGUUGACGCGUUUAAUCAACAUUUACGGUCAAUGAGAAACUUGGGUGAACCAAUAGAUAAAUGGAAUACACCUUCAAUCGACUUAAUAAUUACGAAAAUCAGUGUAGAACCUGUUUUGAAUUGGGAACUAACUUUAAAAGAUCAAAGGGUUCCUUCUUACAAAGGUCUUCUUGAUUAUUUAGAGAAAAAGGCGAGUUGUUCCGAUUCACCAUCAGCUACAUCAUCGAAUAAUUCAAACAUAAAUAAGCUAGACAAUAAGUUCAGCAAUAACUAUAAGAGAGAUAAAAACUUUACACCUCAUCGUCAAGCAUUUACAACUAUGAACUUUCCCUUAUGCAAAAUAUGUAAACAAAAUCAUAAAAUUUAUCAUUGCUUGACUUUCUUCGGACUGCCGGUAGAACAAAGAAUUCAGGCAGUACAAAGGAAAGGACUAUGCUUUACUUGUCUUCACAUAGGUCACACUGCUAGCAAAUGCACAGCAGGUAAGUGCCAUAAAUGCAGCAAGAAACAUAAUACUCUUAUACACAGGUCACAAAAUAUUGAAAAGGUUGUAAAUGUGCCGUCGGACAAAACUACACAACCCGUCAAUAAUGAAAAAAAUGUACAACAAGGUACGGCGCUCUCUAUUUUGUGUGUAGGUCAAAUAAAUUUGUCAAGCUCAUUACAAGGUGAACUUUACCUGCAAAAGACCCGACUGGGAUGGCUGAUCGGAGGGAGCCAACCGACAAAACAAGUAUCUAAGAAACAUUCGUGCCACGUGACUUCUAUAAAUUUAGAUAAACAACUUACAAAAUUUUGGGAAAUUGAAAAAGCAUCAGUGCUAAAACAAACAAGCCAAGAAGAUAUUGAGUGUGAGAAUCAUUUUAAGGAGAAUGUGAUGCGAGACGAGAAUGGAAGAUACAUGGUUGCACUUCCAUUUAAUCAUCUAAAAUCAAAAUUAGGAGAAUCAAAGACAAUGGCAAUGAGACGCCUACAGGGUAUGCAACGUAAACUAUAA